AUGACGUUCAGGUCACCACCACUGAUCCCGCUCGCUUUGGCCGUCUCGGGUCGAUACGACCCACACGAGCUGGUCCAAGUGAUCGUUGACACUUCCGGUUCCAUUCCAGCCGGACGUGUUGCCGAUGGCGAGGCGCAGCCUCCCUACACUGCGCUCGGCUCGUCAGGAACGAACAAUGGGCGGCUUGUCUUGGGCAGCAACUUCCGCUCCCAUACACAUGCUUCUCCGCAGGUCGGCUACGUCCAGCGACAGUUUCGCCGGCCGUUGCGCUCGAAUUCGCCGCUGCACCACGCUCCUUUUCACGCGCCAGCGUCGCCUCCCCGCCUCCCCAAAGCUCGUGGCUUAAUUUCGGACAAUACGAUUUCGAGAAGCUUGCAUCCGCCUCGCCUCCGCCUCGCAGGGUCCGGCAAUCCCACCCACGGGCCACACCCACACUCCACCACGCCUUGCACCACUUUUCUCCACCCACACGGCGCUCGUCGACAUACCCAUCUGCCGCACCACACACGCUGGGUGCACGACUCGCCGACCAUGCUCUAUACUGACGCAGAGAAGGUGCUCUGCUUCCACGGCCCGCUCAUCUACUCGGCCAAGGUGCUCAAGGCGGAAAAGUGGACGGGCGACGACAACGUCACCGGCCAAGUGGGUCCGCACUACCUCGUCCACUACGAUGGCUGGAAGAAGACCUGGGACGAAUGGGUGCCCGAGACGCGUCUGCUCAAGUACAACGACGAGAACCUGGCACGCAAGGCGACGCUGGAAGAAGCGGCCAAGGCUGGAUCGCUCAGCUCUUCGGGAGCGGAAAAGUCGUCGUCGAGCACCGCCAAGCGCGGACGCGAUUCGGAUGCACACGAUCGCAAACCCGCCUCCUCGGCACGCGCGACAAAGCGCAGCAGAGAUACGGUCGAGACCGAAGACGACUUUCUCAAACGCCCCGAAGUCAAGAUCUCCCUGCCCGAUGAACUCAAGCUGCAGCUCGUCGACGACUGGGAGAACAUCACCAAGAACGGUAUGCUCGUUCCCUUGCCACGCAAGCCGUGUGUCAAGGACAUCCUGCAGGACUACAAGAAGCACUACCUCGCACACAAGCGCGACGGCGCAAAACGCUCCCCGCACGUCGUCGACGAGGUACUCAAGGGCCUCAAGCUCUACUUUGACCGCUCGCUCGGCCAGAAUCUGCUCUACCGCUUCGAACGCGCACAGUACGUAGACUACCGCAAGAAGAACGGUCCAAAGAUGGGCGACGGCGAUGUCGGCAAUGCACGCUCCGGCAACGGGUCCAUGGGCGGCGACAUGGAGCCGAGUGAUGUGUACGGCGCAGAACACCUGCUGCGCCUCUUUGUCAAUCUGCCCUCGAUCAUCGUGCAUACCUCCAUGGAUACCGAAUCCAUCAGCCUGCUAAAGGACCAUCUCGCAGAGUUCCUCGCCUACAUUGCGCGCGAGAAACACCGCCUCUUUGCAAGGGAAUACGAGGUCGCAUCACCCGCAUACCACCGCAUCAGCUCCACAUGA